UUCUGAAUCUGGGCAGAGAAAAUAACAACAAAAAAAACCCCUCUAAGAAUCGCUUGCGUCGACGUCAGGAAACUGAGCGGAGAAUUGAUGUGACCCUUAAAUGUUUGAAGACCAAGCGAUGUCUGUGGUGUUUGACGGGAGUCCGCUGAAAGCGAUGCAGAGCUCACACACUCUCACACCGCAGGCUGCCCUGAGUGCUCAGGAACUGUCCCAGGAGAUCAAGUCCUUCAUAAGUGGCAUUGACACGGUUCAGGGUCGGAAGCUCAGUGUCAGGGAACAUGCCCGCUGUGCUGUGCGCCUCCUGCGCUCAGUCCCAGCCUGCCGAGGGGCCGUGCUGGAGCAUCUGAGAGGUGUUUACAAUGAGCACGUCUCAGCCUUCCUGCACAACCUGGAGACGGAGGGUGAUGCCAGCUCUGGGGUCAGCUCCAACCUGGAGGACAUCAUACAGGAGGUUCAUGGCGUGCUGUCAGAGUUCAUCCGUCUCAAUCCACGGGCCUGGGCCCCUCUGGUGUCCGCCUGGGCUGUGGACUUGUUGGGUCAGUUGAGCAGCAAACAUGCUGGCCGCAGGGUGGCCCCCCACUCCUCCAGCCUCAAUGAACUGCUCCAGCUCUGGAUGUCAUGUGCUGCCACUCGGUCCCUCAUGGAGGCGUACUCCCAGUGUUUGGCCGCCAUGCUGGCUUGGUGCCCUGAUGCCUGUGUGGAUGCGCUGUUGGACACCUCAGUUCAGCACUCUCCUCAUUUUGACUGGGUGGUGGCUCACAUCGGCUCCGCCUUCCCAGGUACUAUCAUCAGCCGAGUCUUGGCAUGUGGACUCAAGGACUUCUGCUCUCAUGGUGCUAAAGACCAGGGGCUAAUGGUGAUGGGAACAGAUAAAGGCAGCAGGGUGCCUAAGAUUGGCUCAGUAGUUGGAAUCCUUGGACACCUUGCAGUGCACCACUCAGACAGCAUCAGGAAGGAGCUGCUCAGGAUGUUUCAGGAAAGCCUGAGUCCAUCAAGCCCUCUAUCUCCUACAACAUCUUCUACUUCUUGGGAGAGUUCACCCCAACUCCGUCGUGCUGCAGUACCAUUUCUGCUGCAGCUAGCUGCCAUGUCCCCCAAUCUCUUUGGUGCUUUGUCUGCAGAACUUGUAGAGCUGCUACGCCCUCCUGUCCUGCUCCAGCUGCAGGCCUUGCUUCAGGGCCUCCCGAGAGAGGAACUCGAUAACAUGCUGGGGCUUGCUGUCCACCUCAUUAGCCAGAGUCCAUCCGGAGGAGCCAGGGUCCUCCGUUUUCUGGCUGACACGGCUACCCCGGCCUCUGUCAUCAUCUCCGGCCCUACGCCAUCCCCUCACGAAGGAGUCAGAGAAGGUUGUGAUCGCCUCCUCCAGAUGCUGCUUUUGCACCUCCACAAACUGGUUUUCAACCGCUCAGAUGGAAGUGAAGUCAACCCCCAUCAUUCUGCUUCCCCUCAGCCCAAGAGAGUUAUCCCCUUCCUGGAGGAACUGCAGUCUCACAUCGGUGAGCUCUGCGCUGAGACCCUUCGGCUAGAGAGGAAGCGUCACCUCUGGCUGCACCAGCUGCUCUGUCUGCUGUCGGUGUAUGGGGGUCCCAGUGUGGCCACCGAGGCUUUCUGCCAGCUACUCACCCAGGCCCGCAACCCAGAGGAGCUAGCUCUGGCCUGGCAGCUCCACACCACACUCUCCUCUUGCAUGGUGGGACUCAUUCCUGCUGCCGUCGCUCGCUGUGUAGCCCAGAUCCAUACUCACACCCUGGGGCCAAAACAGCUGAGGCAGCUUCUACUUAACCUGGCUGCAGCCAUCCAGAGUCAGGAUGAAGAGAGAAGGGGAGCAGCUGCAGGUGUUCAGUCCUCCAUGGCCAUCCAAGUGGGUUCAGCUGUCUCGGUAAACCUCCAUGAUUUUGGCCCUCUCCUUCUCCAUGGUGACCCAGCUGUAUCUCAUGCUGCUGUGCGCCUUCUGUCCUGUAGCCCACUCCCUCGCACCUCCUCCCCAGCACAACUACUCCUGCUCUCCCGUGCUUCUGUCAGUCAUUUCUUUCUGUCGCUGCGGAGAACAGGGGAGGUCGGGAGCGCGGGGAGAGAUGGGGGUCAGGCAGGCGAGGCGGUGAACUAUUCAGUCCAGCUCCUUUCUCGUUUGGCAGCGCAUUCCCCGCUCACUCUCAAAGCCAUACUCCAGCAGUUGGUGGAGGGAGCGCUCCAUAAAGGCAACGCAGACCUGUUUGGAGGGCAGGCCACUGACAUGUCUGGUGCCCCUGUUACCGCCCCAUCUGUGUCCCCUGACCUCGGAGCCUCUCUGCUGGACAUCAACUGUCGUUUCGGUACCACCGUCAACUUUUCUGGCAGUGUGUGGUCUGUCUUUCAUGCUGGGGUGAUUGGCAAGGGGCUCAAGGUCCGCACUGCCAGACAGUUGCCUGAUCCAUCGGGGGUCAUCCAGAACAUCCAGACUCUUCUGUCUGUCAUUGUGCAGUGUUGCAGCUCCUCAGGACUCAAUGGCUCCAUCAAUGGCUCACGGCCACCAUCGGAUCCUGAUGAACCUUUGCCCAUCAAUGCAGAGGCAGCCAAGGUUGUUGCGGUCACAUUGGUGGAAAAUGUUUGUCCUGAUGUUGCUAAUGGUGAGCUGUCCUGGCCCCCAGAAGAGCACGCCCGCACCACAGUGGAGAGAGAUAUCCACAUCCGGCGUUGUUUUGAGGCCCAUCCGGUACUCUUCCCACUGCUUCAGGUGGUAGCAGCUGGACGCCCAGCUCUAUGCUACUGCUCUGCUGUGCUCAGAGGCCUCCUGGGCACUCUGCUGGCCCACUGGGAGGCUUGCCGCGAGGUGUUGUCCACAGACUCCCCAUGGCACCUCCAGGCCUCUUGCCUUCUGGUGUCCUGCAUGGGAGAGGGCCAGCUCCUGCCUCCUGUGCUGGCAAACGUCCAUGAAGCCUUCCCCCACAUCACUCCCUUCGAGGUGAGGCUGCUCCUCUUGGCUGUGUGGGAGUAUGUGAGGGGCAAUGGGCCAAUGCCCCAGAAGUUUGUCUUCAACUCAGAGAGGGGCCUUUUCUGCAGGGAUUUCUCACGGGACGGUGAUGUGGCAAGAUAUGUGGCACCGAUUCACAGCGUCCUUCAUAAAAACAUUGAUAGAUUGGGACACCUGUGCUGGCGGUUUCAGCUCUGAAAAAGCUGUUAGGAGAGAACAGUGGGCAGCAAUUGACCGGGAAUAUAGAUGGAAACGGUGUGCAAAGUGUAUAUAAUGUUAAUAUUCAGUUAUUUGCUCCACACAAAAAUGAUCUAUGUUUCAUCUUGGUUAGAAAGUUCAACUCAACUCUGCUAAAUACUUUAAGUAUUUGAUUUGUAUUAUUUUCAGAUUGUUUGCAGCUACAAAAGUGUUGGAUUGUUGUUUAAACCAUUUUACAAAAUAAAAAUUGGUUUUGUCCUUAA